AUGAACACACAAGAAUCAAACUCAAGUACUGAUCGUUCUUGCCCGUUGUGGGAGAGACUGAACUGUGUACGAGCAGCAAGUUACUGCAGGAGGAAAUUAAGAAAAGUGGCGCCCGAAGAUGGACUGCGGGGAAAAAAUAAGAGCAAGGAUAGAAGUCGCCGUACACAACGACCACCGACGGCUUUAUACAAUAGAUUCAGUGAGAAGAUGCUCUCCAGUACACCACCAGCUCUUCAAUGUGCGCUGUUCUGUGGAGGAAGAAGAUGCCAGUAUGAGAGACCAGAAAACUGCAAGUCUGCCAUACAAGGAUUGUACUCGGAUUGGGUCACUGACGAAAUACUCGCGAUGGCUCGACCCAGCACAGCGAGCAUCGCCGCUAGAAACAUUAUACAACAGUUCCACAGCUGGGGUAUCCGUACUGUGAUCAAUCUACAGACCCCGGGUGAGCACGCAAGCUGUGGCCCCCCACUCACCAGCUCCGGGUUCACUUAUGACCCCAACGUAUUCAUGACUAAUGAUAUAUAUUACUACAACUUCGCGUGGCCUGACUACGGCGAGGCGUCUCUCAGCAGUUUACUGGACAUGGUCAAAGUUCUAUCAUUCUCGUUCCAGGAGGGAAGAGUCGCCAUACACUGCCACGCUGGUUUAGGUCGUACAGGUGUUCUAAUAGCCUGUUACCUCGUCUACGCUCUCCGCAUCAAGGCUGACGACGCUAUCCGACUGGUCCGUAAGAGAAGACCCCGCUCGGUCCAGAUGUCCUGCCAGAUCUUCUGCGUGCAGCAGUUCCAGCACUACCUGCUGCCGCAAACCGUUGUCUUCAGCUGCAAGGAGCAGUCAAACCAGACCAAAGAUCCCAGAACAUCAGAGUUCACACUACGACAGUAUUUAUACCGACAGAUGGCGACACUGCACGGAGCUGAUGAGAGAGCAUUCAGAGAAAUACCCAAGAUAGUAUACUGUCUUUGUGAACGUCUGCUGUAUCUGUGCGGAUGUUGUCAGACCAGCGGUGUGGACCUGCGAGUGAGGAACAGACCGUUCUACAAGAACUUUAUAAGCCACAGACUCAAACAGAGAAGACCGCCUGAAGUUAAUGAAGACAUACAAACCGGGCAGGUGACGUCACUUCCGAUGGUUGAAUGGCGGGACCCCGUCGAGGAGGAAGUGGAACGGAACUUGGAGUCAGUCAGCCGACUAACAGGAACACGGUCCGGAGUCAUACCAGCUAUAAUCGUUUAUGAGGCUUUCAUGACGGAUCACCAGAGUCUUCCAGAGGAGAGAAGGAAACAUCUGCAGAGACUGAAAGCUAGCAUCAACCAGAGGAGUGACUUUGAUAAAAAUAUUGAUGAAGAGGAGGAUCCUGUAAUACUGUCGGGCUUGUUGUUCGAGUGGCUUGAAGGUCUGAAGGAACCGGUCCUCGAUAAGGCAGACCUGGCCAUCAUCAUCACCAGCCACGACUUGGAGAACACCAUACAGGCUUUGGACACGGAAGACGUGAUUCUCGUGGAGUAUCUCCUCCGUGUGGUGCUUCGUCUCCGCCCCCUCACAGCUCCCAGGUCUUUGGAGCUCAUCCGACGAGUGCUAGCCUCCCUCACUCAUCAGACACUCAUCAUCAACGACACUCGACUCCCGGCCAAGGAACUUCCAGCACUUAGAGAGGGAACGCACCAGCAGCUGGUGAACUUCAUGCUGAAAUUCCUUGUAGAAAUACAGAAGGAUAUAGCUAGACCUGGAAAUGAUGACCUGGAAGUAGUCGCGCCACAGAGGAGAUACAGAAUAAAAAGGAUUAAAUGA